GUCGGCUCAGAUUGAAUUUGACAGCAAGACACCAGCUCAAUUAUAUUCAAGGAUUUUUCUUACAAGCACACCCCCAAACCGAUUCGAGAUGACGAGCUGACGAUGGUGUCGACGCUGAAGUGAGUGCGAGAGAUGGCCGAGGCCGACUGCAGACUCAAGUCUCUUUGGGAUCAAUUCAUUCAAGCCGAGUCUCAAUCGCAGGAGAAAUCCUGCUGGCUCGAUGUUUUCCUAGCGGAGCUACUUGCACAGGUGCGAGAAGGUCGCGAGCCCAAGGAUGCUCUCUCCUUCUGCACGGUGGGCGAAGGUAGCGUAGCGACACUGGUGAGCCACGAGUUUCUCGCUGAUGUGAAUCGUCUGUGCGAGGCAGGCAACGAAUUGAGCAGUCUGCGCGCUUAUCUGAGUCGCGAACGCGGGUGGCGAUGUCUUGCCGUUCUACGUCUCUUGGGUCUCCGUGAAUUGACAUGCUCCAAAGAAUUGCUGGACCUGCUGCUCGCGCUUUAUCCACUUUUGGCUCCAAGCGAUUGUGACUUCAAAGAAAAUGCUUAUUUGGAUUUAACACUGCAACAGGACAUUGUUGACGAUGGAUUUGAUGUGUCGGCGUUGGAGACGGGGAUGCCAUCAAGGCGACACAAGAAGCGAAAAGCUGGUGCAAAGAAGCUCAAGGAUGACGUGUUCGAACGAAGGCGUCGUAGACGUCGUUCGCGUUCCUUACUCAUCGAGGAGCAACAGCAGCAGCAGCAGCAGCAUCAACAACAACCGACCUUGCCGACGAGCAGCGCGAGCAGCAGCAGCGAAUCCGAGGCAGCUACCGUAAACGCUGCACCGAGCGAUCGUUCGUCAACCUUGAAAAUCCGUCUGAAUCCAAUGGAUUUCGAGUACUUCACGUCCGUCGUGAGAAGCGAAGACGACUUGACAAAACGAUAUAAAGUCAGCGACGAGUGCGAGAGUCGUGAAACUUCGAUGACCACAAAAUGGGAAGAAGCAUUGGAUGAGCGAACGAGCGCAGUCAUUAACUCGACAGCAAGUCGAUUCGAGCUGAGUUUGAUGAUAGUUCAGCUUAUCUCUGCGCUGCAAGAAUAUCCAGCUAUGCGACUUCUCAAGUUCGCCCUCGACACUUUGUGGAGUCUUGAGUUUACUGGUAGCGAAUUCAGUCACCAGUUUUCCCCACUCCAGUGUGCCAAACUGAAAGCCACGGUAUCGAGACUCAUGCUGACGGGAUUGGAACGAGCACUGGAGACGGACGAAGCUGCGAGUCCGAUUAUUCACAAUGGACUGUUGCCGAUGACCUUGAGAAUAUUGGAGGCUGCGUGUACGAAGUCUAACGCACCAGCGCCGAGUCUCGAGGAAGGCUCGUUACUUCGAGAGUUCGUGUUCGCUGGCAUGAAAGCGGCGUUGGGUUUUUUACACUACCUCCUCGAGCAACAACAGCGCACGAAUGAUGACAAUCUCAAGGAUUUUCUCGAGUUGUUCCAAUUGUUCGCUGAGAGUCAGGAUGGCCGAUUAAUUGAGCGCGCUAUUCAGACCAUCCUCGAGUUACCGAGUACCGAGGCAACGGCAACUGUGAUUCGAGCCGCAGGAGUGAUCAACAUGCUGGGUUCGUUGAUUGUGACUUUGAAGCGCACACGGCAACAGAUGAGACACGGGAGUCACUGCCGUCGAGCCAAACACAAAAACUGCCCGCCGGAGACGAACCAACAACAUCAUCACUUGGACGUACUUGGCUUGGCAUAUUUCUCAGAACCAGCUCAUCUUAUGGUCACCAGAGCUUCGUUAUUAAAAUCCAUGUGUGCAGUGUCGGUAUUAUUCGCCAGCUUGAAUGGACUGCUCAAGCGAAGCCAAACUUUUGCACCGGAAUUGCAGUUGAGAAUCGUGAAGGUAAUGGGCAUUGCCGGUACCUGUUGCUGUUUUCCCGCUAAAUUCCUCCUUGGCAACGUCGUUGCUUUCCUCAGACGUGCCAGCACGCAGUGUUACGCGGCAUCUUGUGCGCUUCUAGAGAGGACUAUUUUCAAGGAACUCGGUGGUUAUCCAUCGGACGCUCAAGACAUUUGUAACUCUUGCAGCUCGUUCAACGUCAGCUCCUGGGACUUUGUUGAGCUUUACGUUCAAGUGUUGUGCCACGAAAAUGCGAAACUUUGUCGUGCGGUUAUGCGACAUCUACUGAAAGUUACCGGCAAUGCUAUUCUAUCGGUGAAGCAUGAACUUCUGUUUCGAGUGUUUUAUCCAACGUUUUUGAAAGCCAAACAAGCUGAUUCGGCCAGUUUCAAAUUUUUGAUACAAUCGUGCCUCUCGGCAACAACAGCACUGAUUGUCAAUCCAUUGAUGUUCUCCAGGUUUUCCGAACUCAAUGCUCUCGAUCAAGUUCUGAGUUUGUUGACAAGUCAGAUGUACGUUAAACAUGUUUACGCAUUGCUGGAGAUAUCCGUUGUGAUGGAGAUCAAGGAAGAGAGAACAGAACCUGGACCUGCGUCAAUAGCGAUGUUUAAAUACUUAGAGAAGGAGACGAAUUCCUUGUUGGUUAUUUUGCAGAACGAAGACGUUGAUAGUUCGAGGCAGAAAGUUAUUUUUCAUCAAGCUAGCGGUGUUUGGAGAGCUGCAGCUGGAGUUAUACUGAGUAGUCCAAAGUUUCGAUCUUAUCUCGUUCGACAUUCGAUCUUUGAAAACUGCAUAACUCUCGCACAGAUGUUAGCCGUGGCUAUCGCUACGGAUAAACUUAGCGCUGGAAAUAAGUUUGCUUUGAGGGUGAUGGAAGCUGUUGUUACCUGUUGUCUUGUUGCAUCUACGCCUGGUGAGCGUGACAUAGUAAUAGUUUUACGAGAAACGCUAAUGACACAAAAAAUUGAAUUAAAACGUGGGAUAAGCGCAUUGAUAGAAAUGCUUUUACAAAUAUCCAUGUUAAGACCUAGUCAAGAGCAAGCGAUGCCACAGCACAAUCGAACGAGAUUAUCAACAAUGGAUAUUUCGACUGACUGGGGUGAACCCGAUGAUAGCAGUGCUGGUGAAUACAUCACCGCCGACGAUGGCUAUGAGGCAGACGUGGAGAUUCCAGUGAAAAAUUUACAAGACGUUUCGUCGAAAAAAUUUAGUCCUUUCAAUGGGAUGUCGGAUUCGAAAGGAACCGUUAAUGCUCAUCCUGCUUUAUGCUCUCUAACGAUCGAUCUUUUGAUCUACUUUUCGAAAUACGGAUUAGACUGUGACAGAAAUGCAAUUGUUGUCAGUGGUUUGAGAAGAGUUGCUGUGAUUUGUAAAGAAAGUACAACAAGCUGCGCUGCUUUAGCAUCAAAUGGAGCUAUUGCGAGGAUAUUCGAAGGAUUCAAGGAAAUUCUUCACAGUCAAGAUCCUCAGUGUCAAGAUUUACAACAGGCAGCUCUCGAAGUAUUCACUCUUCUUGCUAUGCAAUCAAUUUCACCAGCGGAAUUAAUAACCUAUCUAGCUUUCUUCAAAGUUCCUUCAUCGCCGCUCAUUCAUUUGCUCGAAGCACUUCACAAAUUAAUCAUCACAGCAAAGCCGCAACCAAACUUCAUUCUUUCGUUCCCCGUGAGUUACGAAGAACUGAUUACUCGACUCAGUACCGACGACCACAGAAGUGCAGAAAAAGCAGAGAACCUCGUGCUUAACUUUAGGAAAAAGCACAUUGCCAUGGAAGUGUGUAGUCCGUGGUCGGUACACGCGGUUUGCCUACCGCUGACUGCUGAAAUUUUAUGGCCAGUUUGGUUGCAAGGAUGCUCAGCUUCACUUUGGCUUAGAGUUGAACGAGGUAGUUCAAGCUUGAGUAGCAAAGGUCUGAAGAUUUCGAACGACAGCACUCCUUUAAGCAACUCGGAAAGCGAUAGUUUAUCGGACUGGGGUUUGCUAUCGGAUAAUUGGAGUCGAGAAGUUACUCUUGGAUCUUCAUCUCCUCCUGUACCUGUAUCUAUACUCCACAUGAUGUCCAUUGGAUUUGAAUCAUUAGUCUUGGAAAUGUGGCUUGAUUUGAGAUCUGAUAAAAUUAUCAUACGACUCACUCGUCCCGAUGACAAAACUAACCGUACGAUAUCUGAAACGUGGAUAAAUGGUUUAUUACCGUCGGGCAAAUGGCAUCAUUUAGCUUUAAACAUAAAAGAUACUGUUCUGAAUAAACACAGUGCUGUAGUGGAAAUGGUAAUGUGGAUCAACGGUUGGAAAGAAAUCCGCGCUCAGUUACCAUUCGACGGGCUUCUAGUCAGGAAACAAGGAACUAGUUGUAUUCUACUUGGACAAACAGGACCACCUACAAUUGGAGCUUGGUAUCUUAGUAAUUUAAUGAUUUUUAGAUGUCCAGUAUUUAACAGUGAAAAAGCUUCGUAUCUUGCAAGUUUGGGACCAAAUCACACAAAUCUUGCCGAUUGCAUCUUAAGUAAUAUUAAGCCUGACUUCUCACCUGUCAUUGCUUCGGGAGCGUUAAAUGGAAUGGAUGAACUUAAAUUUGUAGACAGCGGAAAGUUCGAUUCGAAUAGAAGAAGGUCAGGAAAGAAAACGCAAUUACGACACGAUGUCGAAAUUACAGUAGGGGAUUCAAAAAUUGACUGGGAUUCACUAAUGGAUGCAUCAAACGCACACUUGUCCGAUUUGCAAGACAACUUAUUGCUAAUUUACGAAGCUCAAAAUCCAAGUUUGGUUCAUGUAUAUCCCCAAGCUAUCACCAAUGGUACCAACGCUGUCGUUAAAAAUCUAUUUCCCGGGCAACCAGGGUUCCGAGUAAUAUCUGACCCGGAGCAUAGGGUAUCUCAACAGCCUCCACUUUCAAUUCCACCAAUCGUCAUGGCACAGUUACAAAGUCAAAGUUACAGAGGAUUGGUUACUUCGGCGAGUUUGAUUGGUGGAAUGCCGGUGUUCCUGUAUCUGUUUGCUAGGGUAGUCGAAUUGAAUUCCAGCGAAGAAGAACAAGCUUUAGCACUGUCCGUAGUUCUCCAUCUAGCUCGAAGUGAUUCCGAAAUGCUAAACCAAUAUCGCUCGGAAGGUGGAGCAUCUCUACUCUUAAAAGUUUUGGAGUCGCCUCGAUGUUAUGCUGGAAAGUUUAUGUUGAAAGCAAUUCUCGAUGCUGCCUGUGACUGUCCUAUCAUAAUCAGAGAUCCUGGCACAAAGAAUCAUUCGAUCUCGCAGAAUACCGAAGCGAUUAUCACGGAUGCGGAUUUGAUAAAGUGUAUAUUCGAGGCUUGGAGAACUUGGACCAUGUAUGACGCUUUGAAUUUACUUCUUCAAGCGAUAUUACUUCUGCUAAAGGACCAACAUCCUCACAGAGAAUUCAAUUCCUCACAGCUCAAUCGAAUUAAUUUUGUUGAUAGCAUUCUAAUGAUGUGCAAAGAACAUUUCAUGUACGAAGAAGUUAACGUUUCGCUAGAUGCCACAACAGGGAGUGCUGUAGUUGAAUUGAUACGCUCGCUUAUGGGAGCUCCACCAGAAUUUGCUCACUUGGUUAUAAUAACGGACUAUCUGGUUCUUGUUCAUCAAGCUUCAGAGACUUACGUAACUCACUCGAGACAUAACAUGUAUUUUUUACUAAUGCCUCUUGAAGAAACGAGAACAUUAGUAUCGAAGGCAAAUAGCUUAACAGGUAGUGUAUCAAACGAAUCGGUAAAUACUCUAGAAAACGCCAAACUGAAUAAAGCCUUGGCUAACGUACAAAUCCAAGCGGGGAAAGCAUUCAGAGAAGCGGUCAAUCUAGAAGUAGAACAUAAUGAUACAUCAUCUCAAGGACAGGAUACAAGCGCAGGUGAAGAUUCGGGAAUCGUUGCUAGCGAGGGUUCCAAUCAACAGACAAAUGAGCGUCGAUUACUUUGGUCGGAUAAAAAACGAGCCUGUCAAGGUUUAGUCUGCGAAGGACUAUUAUUACUUUUGAGAGACGCACUAAGAGUUUUGCCAGACUCGCAAGUCGGCGCAGUAUUAAAACACGUGUUACGCGUGGAAAUCCUGUUGGUCCUGUCGAAUAAUUCCGACGCAAGAGUACGAACUGCUCUUAUCAAACUUAUUCAAGUUUACUUGCAACGUGCCAGCGAUGAACAAGUCAACAAGUUUAUUAAGCAGAAAUAUUUUAUUCAUUUGGCUAAUCAAAUUUCGCUUUACUCUGGGAGUGAACCUUUGGUCGUAACUUUGGAGAAUUUAGCGUUGAAAGGACCAACGCUCGCGGCAAUUACGCCCGUAUUGGCUAUGGUACCGAAGGCCGCUGCUACCGAUCUCAAUGUUGCCAGACCUCUCGUCACUUUCCUCACAGAUCUUAUUACCAAGAGUCCGAAUUCUUUAAAAACCUUGCUGGAACAAGGUCUUAUGGAAACCACCUCGAAAGCCAUAGUUAACGCUGCGCACAUAGGUUGCUCGAUAUCGUUGUUUCGUGAUAUGCAUGUCCUUUUAGUAGCAAUGGCUACGAAGCUACUAGAUUCUCCAGGUAGUCAUCACAUGCAAGCUGUCACCGAACUACACGUCAUACUCAACCAUAGCGAAUUGAAAGAAAGAUUGCAAUGUGGAGCCAAUAAAAAUUGCGUUUAUGCCGUGAGAGAUGCUCAAGUGGCAUUGUUUGACGGCGAAUUAGAUGUUCUAACGGCAAAAGUUUCCAACCAUUCGGGUUUCCGACUGAAGAGUAAUGCGUCUUAUUUAGCUUCGGCUCCGUAUAUCUCAAACGCGUUGACUACGUCAAGCGAACACAGCGCUCAAGUCUCUCGAUCUUCGAGCUACAGCAGCUUGCAUGGAAUCUCAAGCACGACAAUACGUGAGCCUGGUAAAGGCGAGUCAAACGAGCGUUUUCGCCUUAUCCUGAAUCGUGCAGUCGAUUUCAUUACCACGGUUGACGAACCGCCGUCUGUUAGCGAAUUACAACUGACCAAGCGAUUGUUUUCCACACUCUUGCACGGUAUCUCGAAUCCACUGGGCAAAAAGAGUUACUGGGUGAACGCGUGGUCGGUAAAACCUGCACUGAGAAAAAACACGGCCAAAAUCAUGGUAUGGUUAAUGGGACCGCAUCAGAAUAACAACACUAGAGUUUACGCUGUGCGUUCACUGAUGGAAGAACCCAAAGCUCGAGAGAUUCUUUCGACUCUAUUGGAGGUCCAUCCACAGGUUGAGCAAAAGUUCAGCGUAUUUCUAUGGGAUUUGCUGCAAAAGCGUGACGAGAUGUCAAGUGCAGAUGCACGAACGUGUGCUGAGAUGCAGGAGGCGUUGAAGAUCUGGGAUCUUGCUAAAAGUAUCGACCAGGGCAAUCAAGAACUCUGGGGGGAGGAGCUGAGUCUAUUUCGUCGUGAGCUGUUACGCGAACGGGAGAUCUGGAUUGACAGUCAAAUGCCGUCGAUUCAACGGAUUUGCAAUCGAUUUGAGACUUUGGCGAAACAAUUAACCGAGAGUGCGAUGGCGAUUACGAGAACGGUUGUGGAGGAACAGAAUCGCGAGCGUAAGAUUCUCAUGGAAAGAUUGAAACAGGCUAGAACUAUGGAAGCUCAAGCUAUAGCUAAAUGGAGAGAUCUUGCAAGAAGAUUGAUGCAUGAGAAGGGCCCGUGGUACUUUGAAGAGAGUUAUCCAAGGAGCUGGGAACUCGAUCCGACGGAGGGUCCUGCUAGAGUCAGAACUAGGUUGCAAAGAUGUCAUUUGAACAUCGAUAAGAGGUUCUUCAUGCCGCAACAUACAAACAAAAUUGACGCAGCCAAAGUUGAAGCUCCACUCUCGUAUUUAUUCUCCAGCGGCAAGCAAGACGCGAACGCGACUGCACUGAUCGAACGGUUGCACACCAGCGAGAGAAUUCGCAAAAUGUCACAGGCAAGCGUGGUAACACCCCAAGCCGAAUUAUCCGGUGAAGCAUUGAUCGGAGAAAGCUGCUUUUACUUCGUACCGGACGAUCCGAAAACUUCUCUUCACACUGACAUAGCCUUAGGCGGUUUGGAUCUGGCGAUGGCCGGUGGCACAGCUUGGCGCCUAGAAGAUAUUCGCGAACUUCAUCGUCGGAGAUAUCAGCUUCAAGAGAGAGCCAUCGAAGUUUUCCUCAUAACCGGUAGAACUUACUUACUCGCCUUUAAUUCCUCCAAGGAACGAGACGAAUUCGUGCUAGAGCUAUCCAACUGUGAUUUACCGAGACGUAUUCCGGGUGACGACUUAGGCGAAGCUCUCGCUCUAUGGCGCAGUGCUACACUAACUAACUGGGAAUACAUAACGUGCUUGAAUAAAUUAGCUGGUCGCUCUUACAACGACUUGAUGCAGUACCCCGUGUUUCCGUUUGUUCUGGCAGACUAUACUAGUGACAAGAUUGAUUUGAAUGAUCCUAAAAUAUACAGAAAUUUUAAACGCCCCAUGGCUGUUCAAGACAAGAAGAACGAACAACAUUACAUUAACAAUUACAAUUAUUUGAAACAAGCAUUGUCAGAAGGUCUGAAUCUAGUCGCGCUAAAUCAAGAACCAUUUCACUACGGAUCGCAUUACAGCAAUUCAGGAACAGUUUUGCACUUUUUGGUUCGUCUUCCACCUUUUACUAGCAUGUUUCUUAACUACCAAGACGACAAUUUCGAUAUUCCUGAUAGAACAUUCCACGCUCUGGCGACAACGUGGCGACUAACAAGCUGCGAUUCCACAACUGAUGUGAAAGAACUUAUUCCAGAAUUUUUCUAUCUACCGGAAUUCUUGUUAAAUUUCGAAGAUUUUAAUUUCGGUGUCAGGCAAAACGGUAGUCGAGUCAGUGACGUCGAGCUACCAAACUGGUGUGGUGGAGAUGCUCGAUUAUUUAUAUUAGCUCACCGAGCCGCCCUAGAAUCUGAUAUAGUUCGAGAAGCAUUAUCAUUCUGGAUUGAUUUAGUCUUUGGAUUCAGGCAAACGGGUAAACCAGCAGUCGAGGCCAUUAAUGUUUUCCAUCCAGCGACGUAUUACGGAUUCAAUGUAGAUCAAAUUGCCGAUCCACUGGAAAGACAGGCGUGGGAAACAAUGGUGAAAACCUAUGGGCAAACACCUGCUCAGCUAUUCAGAGCUGCUCAUCCAUUACCAAUACAAAAUCUUGGAGCUACCAUUCCUACAAAUAUUCCACCGGUUAUCGAAGGCGUUGAAGGUAUAAGAUGGGGUAAUUACGUCGGUGCACCUGGCAACGAACCCACGGUUUGCUGGAAACACAAACAUAGAGUUUUACUAGCUUCUCUUAUUCCGUUAGUAACGGGUGAUGUUUUUGGUCUACCGAUUUGCACCACUUUGAUUCUUGCCUACUCGAAAGACAAAGGUGCUGGAAUGUUGAGUAAUACGUCCGUACUAGGCGCAGCAUUAGCGUCUUGGAACAGCACAGAUGGAAUUGCCCGACUGAAGACAAAAAAAGAGCUACCACCCAGGCCUCUCAUCAAAGCUUGCGGCUUAGAUCCUAUCGCAAUUAUGAAAUCUGCACCGGACUGCGGUCAGUUUUGGAUAGGAUACAUGUCUGGACGUAUUGUCGUUUACGAGUGUUCCGUUAAUAUUGCUGGCAAAAUAGAAUUCAACUCAACUUCACCAUCUGUUUUACUUGCCCAUAGAACUCGUAUUAGUGCCAUUGAUUUGUCACGGGCUUUUAGUAUUGCCGUCUCAGCUGACAACGAAGGCGGCUUAAUUAUUUGGGAUUUGAAUAGUUUGACUUACGUCAGAUCAAUUACUCGCGAGCAUUUGUAUCCAAUAAAUUUAGUAUCGAUAAGUGAAACUCUAGGAGAUAUUGCAGUAGUUUACCAGAUAUCAAGUUUGAAUAGUAAUAAUUCAUUGGAAAAUAGAUCUGAAUUACGAGUUUACACCAUCAAUGCAAGACUAGUUGGAUCUGUGAUAUCAAGAAGGAAAAUUACUGCUCUUUGUUAUAGUAAUGCUGUUGAAGGUGUUUCUGUUAAUGUUGUAGCAACUGGUCUAGACAAUGGAAUAAUUAGACUUUGGAGUAGCUGGGACUUGAGGUUAAUCCGCGAAAUGGCAACUGGUAAGGGCUGCGGAGCAAUUGUCGCGAUAACAUGGUCGCAUGACCAGCAUCACUUGUACGCUGCUACCGAGGACUAUACUAUCAUUAUUUGGGAAGGUGCCAAAAAAUUGAACAAUGGCACACCAAAAUUCGUUAAUCUCUCAACUCUUUAAAUUUAAACAUUG